AUGGCGAGAAAGUCAUUCUCGAAUGGCUCCUGGCAGGAUGGGGUCUCAUCGACCAGGUCUUCCUUAUCUUCAACUUCAAGCGAUCCGAUCGAUAACUUUUCCAACUUUCCCAUCACAACCACCAUUGAUAAACACACAGAUCGAGUUCCUUGGAUCAUCAACCAUGUAUUAGAGUGUCAUCUAUCCUCUGAACUUCCUUUGAAAAUAAUGUUUUCCUUUAAUGCAGGGCAUCGGGUGCCAACAUUAAAGGAAGCACACAAGUGGUGGCAGUACGAACCAAAGGGAACAGCUAUCAUACACUUCUUAAUCUCAUUAGAAAAUUCUAAGCCAGAGAAUAAGGAUGACCCAACCACCAAACCUGGAAAUGUUAGGGAGAAUAAAACAAGUGAAGCUGGAGAUACUCAAGAGGAUAAAUCGAGCAAGUCCGAUGAUAUCAAGGAUGAAAACUUCAAAUCAACAAUUCGAAACCGUGCUGCUUGUGACCCUUUCAUGGAUGCCUCAAAUCAAGCUCUUGUUGAUAUCAACUUUGAAUCAGAGCUCUCAAAUAUCAGACGAGCAAAUAGAGGGCUGCCACCUGAAUUCAUCAGAAAGUGGUGCUUGGAUCGAGUAUUCACAAAGGAUGAAGAUCAGGCGGAUUUUGAUCAGGCCCUCACUGGCAUUGACUAUCUUCAAGAUCUUGAAUGUCGAAGACGAGAGGCUCUUAGAGAAGUUGCUUUACGUUUGAAAAUCGACAAGCACAAUUGGAGAAGAAUCUUGAGUGCUGAUCCUGAUGCCAAAAAAUGGGUAGAAGAUAUUCAAGCUCAAGAGACGAUUAUCGAAGGAUUCUAUGCUACUUGCUUUGUUGAUCUACGAAUCUGGACAAUGCUCCAUGAACUUAAAGCUCAGCCAUUUUAUAAGCCGAAUGCUCUCGCCAUGCUCAAUACAUUAUAUCCACCAUGUAUUCGGGAUCUCCCAAAUGAUCGCAUUGAUCGCGACAAAUUACGAAAGCAUCGAGCCAAGUUCUAUAAUCUCAUCGUCCAGGUGACCCACGAAGGUAUCGAAGCUUUGAAAGAGUUUGAACCCCUUUUAAAGAACCCGGCAUGCAAGCACAAUUGGGUUGAUACUCGAGAGAACUUGAAAGAUUAUAUUGAGCUAGCCAGUAAGAUGAUUGAGCAAUCUAACGCUAUACACGAUGUCAUGUUCUUCAAGAGAAGCGCUGCAGUGGCAUACAGUAUAGGAUCUGCACGCUCUAGAAGCACAACCGCAUCCUCAUCUACAUCAGCUCGCACUGAACGCCAAAGUGAUCACAAUGAACAAUCAGUCACAACAAAGAAUACUGCUUUCGAAUCAGAAAAGCCAGCCUCUCAGCAUCAUUCACAAAGCACAGCAGAAAAAACGAACAGUAAGAAUGAUAGAUCGAACCCAGUCACUUCAAGCUCAACAGAUGAUUCUCAAAACUCUUACAGGGCUGAGGCAAAAGUACACAGCCGAAAGCGAUUGGCAUCUCCAAAACGUCAACACGAAUACCGUGAAGAAUAUCACACAAUACCAAUGAACGCGCCAAGAACACCUCGCGCAGUAAUGACAAUCCCUAAAAUCCCGGAUUCUCAAAGCUUCUCAAGCUCAAAGUCAUCAAAUGGAGAUGGGAGAGAAUCGGUGCACAACCAGCAGCGGGUACUCCGAUUAAACGCACCGUUCACAGAACAAUUCUCCGAAGCGGCACAUCAUAGUAGUUUCCAGUCUUGGGUCCCAUUGAAAGAUCAACAAAAGAUGUCGCCGUAUCGUCUGACAUCAUUCCCUGAUCCGUGGUCGAGAGGUCCUCCUAAACCAAAGUAUCAGCUUCGUUCACAAAAAUUAUCUGAAGAUGAGAAACUUCUGCGAGUCUUGUGCCGGCCAGAAGCCCCUAUGGAAAGAAGAGCAUCUUUCUCGAAUGGAGUUACAGGUUCAUCUUCACGAGCAAGGACUUUGAGUGUUGCUUCCACAAAAGUAAAGUCUCGUGGAAUGUACAAAUAUGGCGGUGCAACUUCAUUUGAAACUUUCCGGGCUGGCUCUUCAACACACGUUUUCCAAUACAACUCUUUGACUCAACUCGCUCCAAUGAAGCAAGUUGAGCAUGUCUUGACAAAUAAUUCAAAUGCAAUCAAAGCUUAUCAAGCCUUGGAUUUACAAGAGUUGCCUGGGUAUGCUUCAGCCCCGAAGGUUGUUAUUCUAGAAAACACCCAUAGACCUCUACUCCAUACACAAAAAUCGAGCGGCACUUUCGGUGGCCUUAGAAGCCGGAAUUUGAGUGGCGCGUCUUCAACGGCUGUUUCUCCACUCAUCUCGCAGCAGAUUACCCCAGUCAUAGGCGCUUCUCGAAAACUUCAACUGCGUAAAACAACAUUGCGCGAUUUUACUACAGAUCUGGAGUUAGAGUCACACCCUACCAGCCGCGAGCAUAAGUCUCCUCUACCUCACGCCACUUCAGCAAUCGCGACGCCCAGAAUCAAGCUUCGCAAAACGCCGUUACAUGAUGCUGCAGAUGCAGAGAUGCAAACCCCAAGUCCACUCCCAUCAAUCCCACAGUCGCCUCUAUCAAUGAGACAAGAAAUUCCUAUUACGCCAACUCCUGGAACUCAACUUCAUAGAACUGCUCUGCAUAAUACUUCAGUUGAAGAUCAAACACGAAAGACAUCACUGUCUGGUUCAAAAAAACCCUUACCCUCACCAUUGAAUCCUGAUACGCCAUCCCCGCGUAUGGAAACUCGACAAAAACCAAAGAGACGCAUGAAGUCAAGGCCUUAUAAUGAUCUUGAAUGCGAAGCCAUGGCAGAUCGUGCUACCAAGAAGAUGCCUUCCGUUGCGAGGGAAAAUUUGAUAGAUGCGGUUGUUGGAGACACCACUCUUCCACAAAUGUCUCCAAGUACCGAUCUUUCAUUCUUGGCUAGUCCAUAUGGACCUUCUGUAGUGUUUCAACCCAGAUUGAGGAAGAGGAGUAGUUUGGCGACCAUAGUCUGUAGGAAAUCUAUUGAGAGUUUAAAGUCGGUCAGAUUUGAGGACACCGAAUUAUGCCAAGAAAACACAACUCCGAAAACUCCUAGACAAUCAUCUGAACGUUCAAAGACCCCAAGAAAAUCUUCUGAAAGUUCUAAGUCCAUUGGUAUCAAGAGCGGUGACAAUGCACUUGGAAUUUCGAUACCGAACGCAAAUUCAACCACUACUUUUUCUCGUUUAUCACCUAUUGCUCCGACAGAUUCUUAUGUGGAUUUUCCACCACCGCCAUUAACUAAGCAGAUAUUGAAAAAGCAGAAGAGUCUGGGUUUAUUUCCUCGUAGAGGAAGCGAACCAGCAAAUGAUGCUGUGGAUCUUCCUGAGCGAGCAAUUUUAAAGAAGCAAAAGAGCUUGGGUCUAUCUCCUCACAGAGAUCGCGGAAAAGAGGAAGAUAGGUCUCUACAGUCGGCUCUGACAUCUAAGUCUCAAGAUAUGGGAGGCAUAUUCGAUGGUUCACAACAGAACUGCACGGCAUAUUCGGCUCAUACAGCCACUGCUUGCAGAGAGCCAUACAGAUUUCCGGUCCCGCCUAAUAGAAUUCCACUUAAUCAGGACGACGCCCCUCAAUCAUUAUACUCUCCUGCCGAAGCUGCCAAAACCCAGAUCAUAAAAGAGUCUCCCAUAGUAUCGAAACCGGUGGUCCGAAUCAACACAGCUAGAAAAUUUUCAGCAAUAUCAAACCCAAGUCCUAUAUCCCCCGCAAAUAAAGUAUACGGCUUUAUCCCUCCACCUCUCAAAAAGCAAAUAAGUUUUGGCGGCUGGGAAACUGAUUUUGAUAUUGCAUUAGAACAUGAACAUCGUCUCAAACUCGAACAUGCAAAGGCUCAAAUUCCAUCUCAGCACUUGAUGAAACAAAGGGUUUCUCCCAUCAAUACGAUUUCGUCUAAUGAGUCUAGUGAGUCAAAUUCUCUGCAACUCAAGAAAACAACAUCAAAGCUUUCAAAGACGACAUCGUUUGUGGACGACGAGGAACAGAUUUUGCAGCCCCCUACGACACCGAGCUCUGGGAAAAUUGGAAAGCUUUUUAUGAAUGCGGGAGCGAAUAUUGGUGCAAUAUUCGUUGGGAAGAGUGCGACGACACCUGAUUUGCACGAUUUGCAGGGAAAAUCGCCGAAAGUGCCUGUUUCUAUACUUUCUAAGAAAGAGGGAAAGGAGAAAUCUGUAUACGGAAAGGAUGGGACAAUUGGGAGGCAGCAAAAAACUGGUACCUUAGCCAACCUCCUCAACAGCUUCAAUCCUUCCCGCAUCUUUAGCAAACGCUCUCACAACAAAUCUUCUCUAUCUCAUAAACACAAAUUGGUCAGCUACCGUCGUCGCGAACAACUUCUUCGAAAACACUUCAGACUUAAAGCGCACACAUUGCAACGAUAUAAAAAGCAAAUGGUACUAGAAGAUGGUCAAGGAAUACUGUAUGCAGAGGGAAUCAAAUGGUUAGAUAGAUAUAAACCAUUUGUGCGAGAAAGUCCAGAGAUUUAUAGGAGGAAAGAGUGGAUGAGGUCUUGGUUACUGGAAGGUGCGAGGGCGGAGAAAGAGGGAUUGAGGAAGGUGUCCGGAGCGCCAAUUUUGAGGGAUGCGAGUGUGAAGGUCGGGGUUAAGAAGGGAGGGAGAGAUACGAGGAGAAGAGUCUUUGAGGGAUUUGUGGCGAGGGAUGUGAGAGAUGUGAGAGGGAAAAGGGAUCAGGAGAGCGGCGUGGAGAGGAUAUUGGAGAAGAUUGAUUGGAGAAAGGAAGGGUGGUUUGAGGAACCGAGGGCUAGGAGAGUGAGGGCUGGGAAGAAAGGGGAGAAUGGAGAGGUGGUGAAGAAUGGGGGGAGGAAAAAGCAUGUCAUGAUUAGUACGGAGAGAUAUGAUCGGUAUUAA